AAUGCUGUUGCAAACGCAACUGAAUUGCGGAGUUAUGGCCCGCUUUCUAAUUUUUCUCUGUUUGGUACGCUUUGCUGCUGCCAAAUGUGUUCCUGAAAACUGUGGUGAUUUCGAAGUGAGUUAUCCCUUUUGGAUUAACAACCCUGAUUGUGGAUUAAGUUAUCCUAAUUUUCAGAUCACAUGUAGGAAGAACAAACAUACUGGAAUACUCGCUCCGUUUCUGAAAGGUUUUGUAGGUAAUGAUAAUAAGUUUCUUCAUCGUCACUAUUACAGGAUUACGGAGAUCGACUAUAAGGGUCACCUCAUCAUGGAUUCUUCUUCUAUCAAGGCAGUUUCGUGUGAUCCACGCAGUAUUGCGAAGCAGUACUUUGGGCUAUCUACAGAUUCACCUUUCACUCUUUCCAAUUCCAAUAGGUUAGUGGUUCUCGGUUGCGGUACAUUUGGUACCUACAGUUAUGUGGAGACGGGUUGGGAUUGGGUUUUGGAUGAGAAUUUGGGAGACGCCAGAUGUGUGUCAGUAUGUAAACCUCGAACUGAUCAACCAUACUGCCCCAAUGGUUGUUGUGAACUUAUCCUUCCAGAUAACUGGCCUUGGAUUAAUUUCACGGCUGGUGUUUCGCCCCACCAUAAUAAUAAGAAGUGUGCCGUCUCCAUCAUAAUGGAUCCCUCCACCUUUCGGGGAGAAGGCCGGAAAGCUUCUUAUGGCCUGCGCCUUAACUGGGGCAUUGGGCUUCAGAAUUGUUCCGCGGCUAAAGCAACAGCCGAUUAUUCUUGUUCCAUCCAUGCAGAAUGCAACGACUCGCCUUCAGGAUAUGGCCACAUAUGCAAAUGUCUCCCUGGAUAUGAAGGAAAUGGUUACUUCAAUGGCACUGAUUGCACCGAUAUAAACGAAUGUAGAAAUAAAUGGACAAGUUGGUGCGUUGCUGCAGAGGAAGGGGGAAUAUGCCAUAAUUUGGCAGGUUCCUACAACUGUUCGUGUACAAAAGGAUAUGUUGGAGAUGGCUUUAGAAAUGGCACAGGAUGCAUGUCCACAAAUGUAAAUCGUCUCGUCUUUCCUGUGAUCAUAAGAUCCGUCUCUUCGUUUCUGGUUGUCUGUUUAGCAGCGUCUCUUUUGGUUUGGUGGCUAAAGAAACGCCACUUGAAACUUGUGGAGGCCAAAUAUUACCAGCAGUUGCAGCAACACAUAGCUUCUGCAGUGGGGAGAGAAAGCCUGAGAAUUUUUUCUGCCAAAGAAUUGGCAAGAGCUUCUAAUAAUUAUUCAAAAGAAAUGGUGUUGGGAAGUGGUGGCUUUGGAACGGUCUUCAAAGGCAACACAUCAGAUGGUAUUUUUGUGGCCAUUUAAAAGUCCAAGCAAGCUUUAAAUGUAGAGGAUGACCAUGAGUUUCUUAAUGAAGCUACGAUUCUCUCCCAAAUAAAUCACAGAAACAUAGUGAAAUUAUUAGGGUGCUGCAUCCAAACUAAAUUCCCAUUGUUGGUAUCGGAGUUCGUUCCAAAUGGAACACUAUUUGAACAUUUACACUCAAGGGAGGGGUCUUUGUCUUGGGCUUCACGUUUGCAGAUUGCAAUCGAGACGGGGGAGGCUUUGGCUUACCUACAUUCUGGUGCAUCUCAACCCAUUUUCCACCUAGAUGUAAAAUCAUCUAAUAUUCUUUUGACUGAGAGUCUCUCUCCCAAAGUUGCGGACUUUGGGAUUUCUCGUCUGAUCUCCGCUUCUAAUAACACACGUCACCACGUAUAAUAUAAAAGGCACAAGGGGUUACUUAGAUCCUGAGUACUUCCAAACGUUUCAACUCACCGAAAAAAGUGAUGUAUACAGUUUUGGUGUAGUCCUGCUUGAGCUAUUAACAGCUCUGAAACCUAUCUCUAUGGAAAGGAACAGCGAAGAGAUGAGUUUAUCUAGUCUUUUUCUGUCCAGACUUGACCACAAUCGCGUGACAGAAAUCUUAGAUAACAGAAUAUUGGAGGAGGAGAACCUGCAACAGAUGGAAGAUAUGGCAAAGAUAGCAAGACAGUGCCUUCAUUUAGAAAGGAGAAAGAGACCGUCAAUGAAAGAGUUAGUGGAGGAACUUGUUUGGGUAAGAAGCGGCACAAGAAGGACAAAAUUCUGUGACAGUGGCGAUGUGAUAUUUGAGGACACAAGCGCUUUCAGGGAAGCAUCGCAAACGUCAUACACAGCUGAGAGUACGUCAGAGGAACCCUCGCUGCACUGAUUCAAAUGCCGAUGCUCAAUUAUUGAGAAAAGUUGAUGACAAGGCUUCAUCUCUAGACUAGAAAUACAAUAUUUGAUUAGUUAGUAUAAGAGAGUAUUAUACUGUCUUUUUAUA